GCUGGUGAAAAGGGUCAAUGAGAGGAAGUUCCUCUCAGUCUGGGUCAGACCUCCCUCAAAAACGCUCAAGUCACAGCUCCUCGCAUCCGCGGGGCUCCCUAUGUCCCCUGCCCUUGAGUACUCACGUGGCUGCUUACUCUGGAUCAGUACCUGACGAACUUAAAGCGAAAUUCCCUCCUCCAUCGGCGCCCUUAAGGAGCGGAAUCCAACGACCAAAUACGGUUUUGAUGGAUCCGACAGUUAGCUCUCCUCACUCUUAUUUCCCUCUCAGCCACACAUCUCAGGUUGGUGUACUACCUGAGGUAGCAUCAUUAAGCAGAGAGGAUCUGGAGGAUCUCUUGUCUUGUGAGGAUAAACUGACGGAGUUUGUGACUGGUCUUCCACAGAUAGUAGCCCUCAAGAAUCAGUGUGAUCAGCUCAGUACCCAAAAUGAAAAUUUAGCAAAAGCCACUCUCGAACGAAGCAAUGACUAUGAACGUGCGCGUGAUGCGACAAUUCAGAAAGUAGAGGAGUUGACUGCGUUACGAGGCAGUUUCGAAGAAAUGACUAUCAAACAGCAAAAAUCCUCGGAGAAGUUAGCCCCAACAAGCAUUCAGGAAAGUCUGUUGAUCUAUGCCGUGCAGUCGGAGGAGGACAGUGAGAAGAUUGCCGACGACUUCCUACAGAAGCAGAUUGAUGUCGAUUCCUUUCUGGGGAAAUAUUUAGAAAAGCGUAUCGAGACUCACCUGAGAAAAUUCAAAGGGGAAAGACUGGGAUCUCAGCUUCGAGAACUUCAGAAAGCCGGAUUCUAAGUGACGAGACGUGUUGGAUAAUUUACCCAGAAGUAUGUGCAAUUUUUUUAUGUGAUGUAAGAAAACUAGCAUUUGACUGAAUUUUUUUUUACACGUCAGUAUUUAACAUGAAAAUAGUAGAUUAAAUAUGGGACCUUGAGUCCUGAAACUGUGAUGUUUCUACUUUAGUUUUUCCAGUUUUAUGAAGAACACUACUUACUGAUUUAUGGAUUUACAGAUAUAUGAAAGGGAAGUCACCAUAGAGGUGGUCUCAAUCUUGUCUAUGCUUUUCAAGCAUUCAGUAAGGUGCUUUCUUGAGUGUUUAGAUAAUUUAUUUUGGUUUGGGCAAGCAGCAAUGUCCCUCAGAGUAAUUGACACCGUCAUAUGUAUCAUUGAAGUCACUAGCUAUUCAUUCCCUUGUGGUGUAAUUAAGAAAACAUUACACAUUACAUUUUAUGAAUGAUACUGAAAAAUCUUGCCAACAUGAAGUCUCAGCAAUUAUAGAAGUCAUUCAAACAUUAAAUUUUGGUCCAUAAAAGUCCAUUCUUCAGCAGAUCAGAUACUUUUUCGAUGAACUAUUAUAAAGCCUGUGUAUGUAAGCAUAUCUAAACAAGAUGAGAGGACAGUCAUAUAUUAAGUAAAAAGAGUAGAUGUCGUAUAAACAUAUUAUUAUCCUGUUUGAAUAUUGUGUGCACCUAUUAAAUGCAGUUACUUAAUGGACAUCCCUCAUGAUAUAGUUCCUAUAUUUUUAAGUGGAAUAAGUUAACAGCUGAAUAUUAUUUUAUAUUGAGUCAACAGCAAAUUUUAGUUGGUAUGAAACUUUAGUUAUCGUUAUUAUUAUAAUAAUUGUUAUUCAGAAGAUGAAUCCUAUUCAUAUGGAACGAGCCCACCAUUAGGGGAGAGGCCAUGACUUGAAACAAAGCUUCCAAAGAAUAUGUUGUUCAUUUAAAAGUAACAAGGUAAUAGUUCAUCACAUAAAACCUAAUUUUAUUCCUUUUAUUGUAAGACUGAACACUGAAGGCCAGCCCUGUGGAUAAAGAAUUGUAUUACUUACAGGUCUGAUUGAACUUGCUUUAUAACUAACCAAUCCUUGUUCCCUUACAGUAAGCUAUACUACAGGCUCAAAACCCAGUCUGGAUCUCUCUUGUAAAUGAAUCUAUAUCAAUACAUGGAUGUUUAUCAGUAUGAUCUGUUUAAAAUGCAAAGGUGUGUGCUCUUCUACAUGCAAGCAAAGAGCAUUAUGUUGGUUCUAUCAUGAGUAGUUUUGUGAACAGGGUGUUAAAACUCUGAAACUUUAAAAUUUCCCAAGAAGACAUUUAAGAUCGGCAUUAAAAUCAUCCUUAUUUUCAAAGGAAGUCUUGCUUGUGUUACUUAAAUUCCCUAUAGGUUGGUACCUCUUAAAAAUAUUCCUUGUACAUCACAAUGUACUAGACAGUACUUAAUGGUUGUUUAUAGCAUCCUGUGUGCCUAAAGCCCUGUCCACACUAGUGGGCACUGCCUGACGGGCAGACACUGUUCCCAUAACCUGUUCCACUAUACUGACCGAGAGUAUGGAGUCGGAAUGAUCUGAUUGUCUGGUAACACUGCUUCAGAAGUAAGGAAAAUAUAAACAGCUGUAAGUGCCCGACAGGCAUGGCUGCUAGUGUGGACAGGUCAUAAGAGGCAUUGUAUUUUCUUUGGUCAUUUCCUACCUAUGAGUCCAAUUAUGUUAACCUCACAUUGCUUUGAUUUUCACUUCUGGUAAGAUCAGGUGCAUGAGUAUAGAAAUGGGACUCAUUACUCAAAUCUAUUUUAAUAAUGAAACCUGUAAUGUCACAUAAUUGGAGGUUGUUGGUCUCACAUUAGGAUAUUCUGCUCAUCCAAGGAAAAGUAAGUCCCUGGUAUUUGUCAUGUUAUCUGAUCCAAAGCAUGCAGAGUAAGUACUUUUCUUCAUGGACACUGAUGAUGCCUCAAGUCAAGAUCUUUGUCUUACGAAUUUUUCUCUCUAAGAGGACUGUUAAAAUAAUUUGGUAUACUAUAUCCUUUUAUUUUCAUAUAAACUCUUUUAUUUCACUCAUAAGUAGCCCCUCAACUUAACUAGUACUUACAGGGAUCAGGCCUUUUUAUUGAGUAACAAAGACCCUGUUGCAUAGCCAACACUUGAAUGCUUUCAGUAUUUCCUACAGUUGAUAGUAAUUCCACACAUUUUGUGGCAAACUCAACUCUUCACUUGCCAUGGAAUUUAAAUGUUUUAUCCCCAAAAAAUUUGUAAUGUCUGAAAAGUUAGCCUAACAAAAAUCAUCAUAAUGAUACAGAUGAUGAUAAAUGCAUAAGUCAUAAGUUGAGGUGUUACUCUAUUUGUAUCAGAUUAUGUUCUUCAGUCAAAAGGUCAUUUUAUUUUUGUUCUUAGUGUAUUAGAUCUCAUCUUCAUUCAAAAUAUUGUUGUAUUUUUAUUCUUGGCAAAAAAUUGAUAGACAUCUUGAAAUUUUCCUUUUCAAGGCUAUAAUAUAGUAGAGGUUUUUCAGCAACAUACAAUAAUGAAAUACUAUACUCCAUUAAUAUACAAGUAUUGUGAUUUUGUAGAUACUGUAGUGUGAUAAAUUUGGUAUUCAGCACUACCUGAAUGUCUUAAGUUAUUUAGUGUACACCGUUGUUGAUUGCUUUUUUUAUGACAAGUUUUUGUACCUUAGAUUUUGCUUUUGAAACUAUAGCAGUUGCAAGCAAACUUGGCAACAGUUACCUUGCUGUAAAAAAGUUAGUUGUGCUUGCUUUGCAAAUUCUUACCUUAAACCAUAAGUGACAGUCAUUUAUGACUGUGGAACUGUGAUUUGAAUGCAUUCAGUAGAGUAAGUGAAUAUUACUGAAUUGCCUAGUCUCUUUUCAACACUAACCGAGAAAUUAUUUUCAAACUUUCAACCAAAAUCGAUGGAUAAGUUUACCCUCAAAAUCAAGAGAAAUAAUACUUGGAAUGUUUAUUAGUCAUUAGGUUUUUCUUAAUUUAUAAUUUUAUUUUCAUGUUUAUUUUGUGUAUUAAUCUCAGUGUCUUAGAAUUUUCACUAAAAAUCCGGAGGUUUGAGAAAUGAUGGCUGUAUGUUAGUUUCAUAGCCACAUGUUGGUUAGAGAAAUGGUGGCUGUAUGGAAAAGCUUAAUAGCAACAUGUUGAUAAGCAGAUGGUAAAUUAUUGUAUUUAUUAUUAUAAACUCAUGAGUGUAAUUGUCAUUUAUAUGUAAUGUGAACAACAUUUUAGAGGUGGGUAGGGUUGGGAAACCCGGAAUUGACUUUACACCUUGAGAAGACUCAUACUUUGCUUGAAUGCUGCGUUUUCUGCUUGAGAAUGAAUGUGAUUUUCCAAUUAGAAAAUAAACUACUUACUAUGUCUAAUUUAUCCAUUGGUUUUUAGCAGCAGCUCUGUACUUUGGACAAUACUUUAUGUUGAAAUAAGUUUGUAAACAUGCAAUAGUAAGUGUAGAUAGAGGCAAUUGUCGAUAUAAUAUGGCAUGAAGGUAUUUGUUAAUUUUGAUUCUGCUCCACUGACAGCGUUUACAGCAUAUGAUAAGGUUGAAUUCAAGUACAUACAUAACACAAGCCACACUGUCACAGGCAGUGUCGUGCAGACACAGAUUCAUAUGCUGUUUAAGGUAUGUUUAGAAAUUGUCACUUAACAGUGAUAGUUGAUGAUGAAUUAAGACAAGGAUGAGAUUUAUCUUUUUGAUGUUUUUGGCAACUUCAGAAUUAUAAUCUUAAUCCGAUUAACUGUAAACCAUGGCUAUAAUUGAAGUAAUGUAAGUAUUUAUCCAUGUACUAUUAAAUAAAAUUGCAAACAUUCAGAAACUGAGUACUUGUUUGGAAAAGUGGAUAAAAAUUAGAACUUAAAAACAAAAGCUAAACUAUUAAUGUUACACCAGUAUUGCACAGAGGAAGACGGGUAAGACGGCCUACGCUGCCUAUGUGAGGUAUAAUUUCUACAUGGGACUAGUAAUUAUCUCCAGUAGAAUCACAUCUGUAAAAGUCUAGCAUCUGCCAUCACGGUGCUGGUGAAAUAUGAAGUUCAUGGCUGCUAUUUUUGUAAGGUCUGUGAUGAAAAUCAUGCCUGUGUAUUUGGUUAAAAGUGUUAUAGUUACUAUAAGUAAAACACAUGCCUACGUAAACUGUGGAUGUCCAACAUAAGCCAGAAAAACAAAGUAAAUUUUCAUUGUGUACAUUUUGUGUCUUGUCAAACUACUAGUUCUAAACUGGUGGUCUAAAUGUUGUAAUCAUUCCAUAGAAUUGAAAAAUUAUAUUUUUGCUUAGUA